UACGUCGUAGUUCCGUGAACCAUACGUGCUAAACAUAUCUCGCCUCUUGUAUCUUUCACUCUGUUACGGGCAAAUUAUGCUAUUAAAGCUGAUUCAAGCUAAAUUCUCAGUUAUCAGCUAGGCCUUUUGUCGCUCAUCUUAGGGCCAAGACAGUGCCAAAACCAAGCCUAUUGUUAUGACAUUUGAAUUCAUGCGCAAAAGCGUAACAGAUUUAUUUAUGGUAGGCAAAUAAAUGUUAACAUUCAAGUAUGUCCAAAUAUAUUUGUACCGCUUCAGAAACGUGACUGCAAAUGCCUAUUAACGUCGACAGUGGCUGAAAAGGCCUCACGGGAGCCGACCUGCAGGCUGGCCCGACCGGGCUGAAGCUGGACUGGAGGGACUCGCACCUAGGCCGACAGGCGUCCCAUUUUAGACAAUUACCAGCACAGAAGACCAAGUAAAACCCCAAAGUCAUUAUAUACUUCAAUAAACCCCAUAGAAGGAAGGACUUUGAUGUGGAGGAAAAUUGCGGAAUAAUAAGUAAAAAAGGCUAAGAGACAUAGUAGACCUCAUGAGUCUUUCCUCCCUGCUGCAAUCCUGUAUUCAACAGACCAAGGAGACACUGAUCAGUAUGGUGGAUAUAGAUGGACAAGGCCACAGGUUGGUGCACCUGGAUUUGAAAGGAGCACCACCAAGGAUAAAUUACUAUGAACAGUUGUUUCCGCUAAUAAGAAGCUUUGGUGCCACUGGUUUGCUAAUAGAAUAUGAAGAUAUGUUUCCAUACCAUGGCAAGCUAAAGCAUUUACAGGCUCUAAAUGCAUACACACCAGAUGAUAUUGCAAAACUCCACAGCAUGGCAGAGGUUAAUAAUCUCAUUGUCAUUCCUCUGGUCCAAACAUUUGGACAUUUUGAAUAUGUCCUGAAGCAUGAUGAGAAUAGAGCCCUGAGGGAGGUGGAGCAUUAUCCCAAUGCUCUCUGUCCAACACACCCAGAUGCUUUCCCUUUGGUCACCAAGCUCAUCACACAGGUUCUGGAGCUCCACCCCAAAGACAAGCAUUUGCAUAUUGGAGCUGAUGAGGUCUGGCACAUUGGAAGAUGUCCUCGGUGCCAGGAUGAAAUAGAAUCACACAAGAUAACCACAAAUGAUCUCUUCCUGAUGUGGGUACUUCGGUUGGCCAAAUGGAUCAAGGCAAAAUAUCCUCAUCUGACACUCAUCAUGUGGGAUGAUAUGAUGCGACAAAUUCCUCUUGAGAAGCUCCUAAGUAGUGGAAUAGGGGAAGUUGUUGAACCAAUGAUAUGGCAGUAUCAUGCUAAAAAGUUUGAAUUUCCUCCAGAUCUUUUCAGUCGAUAUGGAACAGUUUUUGAUGGGCUUUGGGUAGCAAGUGCUUUCAAAGGUGCUACAGGAAGUACACAGUUUUUACCCCCAAUCCAACACCAUAUUAACAAUCAUCUGACAUGGAUAACAACUAUCGCAGAGCAUAAGCAUCAGUUCAAGAAGUAUCGUGGUAUAUGUAUCACUGGUUGGCAGAGAUAUGAUCACUAUGCAGUGCUUUGUGAGCUUCUGCCUGUGGGAAUUCCUUCACUUUGUUUGUGUCUCAGAGUUCUCACCCACGAGUCCUUCACUGAAACAGAUCAUGACAGUGUUUCACAGCAGUUGGGAUUUUCUCACCGAAUCAAUGUCAUCCCAUUUCCCAGACCUCAGGUUAUAGAACAAGGGAUGCAGUUCCCAGGAUACAGAGUUUACAUUGGGGUCCAGAUGUGGUCUAACUUUGUAUGCAAGUAUCAGGCCAUCAGCAACUCUGAAGGGAUGUUGGGUUGGUUCAGUGACUACCAAAGGUCCAAAAACUUCACUAAUCCUGUUCAAGUGGAAAGUAUAAUGAAACCUCUUCAAGAAGUUCUUCAGAAUUUGACAGAACUUCGAUCCCAUUUCAUCCCUUGGCUGCUAGAGAUAUUUUAUGAAGACACAGUCGAGGAAUGGGUUGGCUCAUUCAUUGACCCUCUUUUAGAGAAGUUAUCCCAAGUGAUUGAAGAGUGCAGGAAGCAGAUUAACAUUGGAGGAAGAGUGAAGAAUUACAAAAAGAUAGAAACUUAAAGUGAGUAGAGGAGUAGGGAUAUAUAAUUAUAUUGCCAGGAGGACUAAUUGCGAAUAUGUAAAUACCGCUGUGGAAUUGAAUUUUACGCAAAUAUUAUCCAAGUUCACGGGUAAAAAUGUAACCACAACUUCAUUGUGAGUAAGUUAUUUGCUUGAGGUCAUACUGGUGAAUAAGAUCCAAGUCUGGUUUGCUCAAG